GGGACUGGACGCCUGGGCGGCGAGUCGGCCGCCGCGAGCCGCAGUGAACAGACCGCGCGCUUCGAGACACGCCGCGAGCGCCACCGCCGUACCGGCCUACCGUGGCGAGCGCCGCUCAGAGAGCCCCGACCCCGACCGCCUCGGCGAGGUGACAGUUCGCAGGGCUCCGCGCUAACCAUGGCUUCCGGGCGCCAAGGGCGGCGCGAGGUGCUGAGCGGCGAGCAGGAGCGGCGAGGGUAGGAGCAGGAGCGCCCGCCCCGGCGUGGGCGGCCCCGGCCCCCGCCCGCCCCACCCGCCCCCACCGCGCGAGAGACCGGGCCGGAGGCGGCGCCAGUGAUCGCGACAGCUUCUCAUAACGCGGCGCCAGCACUGCAUCAGCAUGGACGAGUCAGGAGAAAAGGAAGUCUUCCUCGACAUCCGCAGUGGACCACCGAGCCCUUCCUACGGCUCGCCCAAGCGGGACGUGGCCACGGGAGCGCCGUCCACUGACUUCAGCGCCAAGCUGCCGGAGGUGCUGGCGUGCUGCUCGGCCCUCUCCUUCCACUUCGCCCUGGGGCUGGUGCUGGCAUACUCGGCGGUGCUGAUCCCCCAGCUGGAGGCCCCCGAUAGUGAUCUGAAGAUCACCAAGGACCAAGCGUCACUCGUCGCCAGCGUGGUGGCGCUGUCCGUGCCCGUGGGGUCGCUGGCCACGGCGCCCAUCAUGGAGGCGCUGGGCCGCCUGCGCACCGUGCAGCUCGCCACGCUGCCGUACAUCCUGGGCUGCGCGCUCAUCGCCCUGGCCAACGGCUUCCCCAUGCUGCUCGCCGGCCGCUUCCUCACCGGCGUCGCCGCCGGAACGUUCGGCACGAACCCAGCGAUCGUCUACACGACGGAAGUGGCCCGGCCCGAGCUGCGGGGCUCCCUUAUCUCCGUGGGGCCCUUCAUGGUGUCCCUAGGCACGUUCGUGACGUACGUCGUGGGCGCGUACAUGCCCUGGCGCACGCUGUCGUGGGCCUUCACCGCCGCGCCCGUCGCCACCGUGCUGCUCAUGCUGCUGUGGACGCCCGAGAGCCCCCUGUGGUUGGCGUCCAAGGGCCGCAAGGACCAAGCCGUGCGCUCGAUGCACUUCCUGGCGCGCCGAGACCCGGCCAAGCUGGCGAGUGCGGAGGUUGACGUGGACAAGCUGGUCCGCGGCGCGGAGGAGCGGCGGGCGGCGCAGCGCAGCGGCGUCGUCGCCUACCUGGCGACGCUCUUCUCGCAGCGCACCGGGCUGCGGCCGCUCCUCAUCAUCGCCGUGCUCUUCGCUCUGCAGCAGUUCGCCGGCAUCUACGUGACGUUGUUCUUCGCCGUGAGCUUCUUCAAGGACGUGCGCUCCGCCCUGGACGCCAACACGGCCAGCAUGCUGGUGGGCACGAUCCGCGUGGCCUGCUCCAUCCAGGCCACCUUCAUGAUGCGGCGCUUCGGCCGGCGCCCGCUGCUCAUGCUCAGCGCGGCGCUCUGCUGCGCGUCCAUGGCCGUGUCGGGCUACUUCGCCAGGAUCAUCACGACCUCGGCAGGCGACUGGCAGCCGCUGCCUGGGAACGAGACGACCCCGGCGGGUGACGUCGUGGAGCUGGGCGCCGAGGUGCCGGCCUGGAUGCGGUGGGUGCCCGUCGUCGCCAUCCUGGUGUACGUGUACAGCGGCAUGCUCGGGCUGCUCACCAUCCCCUGGACCAUGACGGCCGAGCUGUUCGCGCCGCGGGUGCGCAGCCUGGGCCAGGGCAUGAGCGUGGCGCUCGCCAACGUCUUCAUGUUCGGCGCCGUGCAGAGCUACAAGGACCUGGUCACGCUGCUGGGCGGCGUCUGGGCCGUGCACUGGUUCUACGCGGCCGUGUCGCUGGCGGCCGUGCUCUUCACCUACCUGUUCGUGCCCGAGACGCACCGCCGCACGCUCGCCGAGAUCGAGGAGUACUUCGACACCUCGCUGCUGUACCCCGCGUACCAGCGGCGGCGGCGGCGGCAGCAGCGCGACGAGCUCGUGGUCAACCGAGCAGACGACGUGCACAGCAACGGCGUCAACGGCAACGAGGCACUCCUCGGCAAAUGACAUUGCGGACAAUCUGCUCGUACAUCUUCUGAAGUUGAAUUCGUGAGUUGGAGUAUGUAGCUGACUUUUAGCACUAAGGAGGCAAUGACUGCAGCCACGUGAGGAUGGGGGUGGGGUGCAUUGGGGGAAGUGUUAUUGGGAUUCUCAAAGUUGUCAUGUAGUUAUUCAACCCCAUCGAUUGAUUACAUCUCCAUAUCAGCGAUGUCGACUUAUUUUCAACGUUCCGGGUUGUAGCUGAUAAUUCUCAAGAACGAUUUGCAGCACGUUAUAAAUGAUAAUUAAGCUGUGAUAUAAUGUACAUAAUUGUCGCAUUUCGAACUGCCAUAUUCUUUGUGCCAUUUUGUGUGUCUAUGACCCUUCAGUUGACUAUUUCACUCGCGGUGAUCUUGGGUGACUUUCAAUAGGUCCCACACGUGCUCUUCAUAAUCCAACAAUGACUAGGAGAUUUCAGAAUAUACUGGGUGGCCCAUCCUUUAUUUUGCUUAUACCGUAACGGAUGCAGGCGUGUGGGCGGCUUGCAUACUCGCUCGGGGCCAUAAGGCGCCGGUAGGCAAGCCCGCCCGCACGCCUGCAUGUGGUACAGUAUAAGCAAAAUAAAGGAAGGGGUCUGUGGACCACCCUCUAUGACCAUGACGCCUUUCCGUUGUUCAGUCGUCAGAGAGCUCCUCUUUUGCGUCGACAAUUAGGAAACAAUAUAAUGGCCGAAUCCACGAGUGGAAUAGUCAAUUUAAAUUAUUGUAUAACGUAUAAAAAAAUUCUCCUAUUUUUA